AUGACGUACGGGGACGCCAUCGCGUCGGCGGCGCCCUCACCUCUCGAGGGUUUCGACCGCCGCGGUGACGCCGAUCCGCCCGCCGCGCACGAGCCGGCGCUGACGUCGACGUCGUACGCAGGGACCUCCCGCGCCCUCCCUCGGGGACGACCCGCCGCGGACCCGUCGCGCGCCGACGUCCCGAGCGUCUUCCUCGAGCUCCUCGUCGCCAUUCGCAGCGAGCGGCACGAGCUCACGCGGGACGAGAGGGACGCGCUGAGGCGAUGCGAGGAACAGAUGCAGUCCAGAGCCGUCGUCGCCGGGUACCUAACGGGGGCGGGAACCAACGCGUUGCUCAAGACGCUCCCGGCGUUCAAGACGCAACCGGUCGGGAGAUACAUCGCCGCGGUAUCGUUCGGCGUCACGGGCGCCUUCUACGGCGCGAGGUCCGCCGCGCGCGCAUGCCUGGAGCGGAUCGUCCGACUCGAAGACUCCAGGCUGGGCGAGUUGGCGACUGACGCGGUGCGAAGGUCAGCGCCCCUCGACCCGAUGUUGGCCAAGGUUCCGAACGCGACGGGGCGCGUGGCAGUCGGCGACGCCGCGGGGGGCGAAGUGGGAGGCGGAUUCGGGGCGGGCGGCGGCGACGGGCGAAAGGGAGGAGGAGCGACGACGUCGACAAGGGCGGAGAUCAUUCGCGCCGCCGCCGAGGCCGAAGCGUCGCGGCGCGUGCGCGCGCGCGAGCGGCGACCGUCCCCGCCCGUCGUGGACCUCUCCGAAGAACCGAAGACGUCCACGUCGACAUCCACGUCAGCAUCCACGUCAGCAUCCACGUCGGCGUUCGCGUCGGCGUCCGGCGACGGCUUCGUCGGUUUCGACGCGCUCGCCGCGGCGGGGAUGCGCGGCGGCGACGCGUGGGCCACCGUCGGACACGUGUCGGACACGUCGGACACCGGGCAAGGCCGCGGCGGCGGCGCCUCGGGCGCGAGGGGGAGGGAGAGGGGUGGGACGAGGGAGCGGCGGUUAAAGGCGGCGGAGUGGGCGAAGCGUCGGGUGGAUCGGGCGGGCGCGAUCUCGCCGUUUCUCGGGGAGGAGUCGAGGCCGACGCCGGAGAUGUUCGACGCGAGCGAGUUGGCGGCGAGGCGGGAGCGCGAGCGGGCGGGACGCGCGCGGCCGAGGGCGACGAUCAGGACGGAGUACGGCGACGUGAUGGACCGAUGA